GGAGCUGAGUAGAUGCUCGCCCUACAUUUCGUCUUCGUCGUUCGUCAAAUUUACCGAAGCGAAGUCCACCAACCAGCUGCUUUAUGAAAUAGCGAAAAUAUUACGUUAAUUUGAUGAAAUUUUUCCUAAUUAAUUGAAAUUUGAGUGGCAUGCAAUAGGUGUUUGACUGGACGGAUCAAAAAAACGUCCUCAGCAGAUUUAGUAAAACUGCAGAUUAUUAUAAAUUCCAGGUUUCUUUUAGAUAUCACAAUUUUAAUGCCAUAAGAUAAUAAUGGACAAAAAUCCGGACAGCGUUGAGGAAUUGGAUGAAGUAAUGAAAAAGAAAUGUGAAAUUUCGCCACAGACAGAUUACACUCAUGUAAAGAAAAAAGGAAAACGAGGAAAAAAGAUCCGAUUGAUAACUAAUUAUGUUCGAGUGUUUGUGGACAACAAAGAUGGCAUUUUUGGAUACACGGCAACUUUCUCUCCUCCACUAAAGAAUGUUGACAUUCAAAAGAAAUUCCUGGCACAAUUCGAGGAUAUUUUGAAAGAACAAAGGAUCUUUGACGGAACCCAUCUCUUUCUUCCCUUCCAGUUACCUGAGGAGGUAAUGGUUUUCGAAGGAGUUCACCCGAAUCAUGCUAAUGUUGUAAUGAGAGCAACGCUAAAAGCUAAUCAGAGACCAUACCGUGAAUCGGUACAAUUCUUUAAUGUCCUCUUUCGAAGAAUAAUGACUGUUCUGGGGAAAUUUGAAUAUAGAAAAAACUUUUUUGACGAGGAUGUAAAAUUUAAAUUACCUCAGUACAAGCUAGAAAUAUGGCCUGGAAUUUGCACCAGUGUCGAAGAGCAAGAAGACGGGCUAAUGCUAUGUUUGGACACCUCGUAUAGAGUUUUCAAAACCGAUACUGUUUAUGAUUAUAUUUGUGCUCUCAACGAUUCUAUAAAUUGGGAACAAAAAUUCAAAGACUAUAUUUUGGGAAAGGUCGUGGUCACUCAGUACAAUCAUUUUACUUACAAAAUUGAUGACAUCGACUGGUGUGGGUCGCCUUUAUCAACAUUUGAGUACUGCGGGAAACAGAUUACAUAUGUUGAAUACUACAAGAAGCAAUAUAAUAUUGAAAUUCGAGAUUUGAAUCAACCAUUACUGCUUAGCAGGGUACAUGUUAAGAACAAAUACAAAGAAACUGAGCAAGUCAAAGCAAUUUCAAUUGUUCCGGAAAUUUGCUACGUUUGUGGAAUGAAUGAUGAAGACCGAAAUGACAAAAAUGUCGUAAAGGAAGUCAGACGCUACACAUACACCACUCCGGCCCAAAAAUUCAAAGCCUUAAGUGCAUUUAUCAGUCGCACAACAGAGAUAGUGGAAGCUAAAAAUAUUUUAGAAACAUGGAAGAUUCGCAUGGACAAUAAGCUUCUAAGCGUAGAUGGCAGAGAGCUUCCAGCACCUAUUCUUCAUUUUAAGGAUAGGACCAGUAUUCAACAAAGCGAACCUACAUUUGAAAUAUUACCAAAGAAUGGAAUCUAUGAUGCUGUUCCACUUGGGCGUUGGCUGAUAAUCUGCUCAGAACGCGAUGCUAAAAUUGUCCACAUAUUUAUGGAGUACUACGCCCGCUUUUGCAAUAGCACUGGAAUCAAAUCCUCAAAUUCAGUUCAAGUUGUAACGCUGAAAAGUGUGAACCCCAGGGAUUUCCAAGAAGCAUUAGAGGACUAUGCUGAUCCAAGGAAAUUUCAGUUCGUUGUCGUUGUGAUGCCAUUCUUUAGACGGGAAAUUUAUUCCUUAAUUAAAAGAGUGUGUUGUUCCGAAAAAUUUAUUCCGUCACAAGUGAUUAUGGCGAAGACGUUGGCUGACAAAGGGAACUUUGAUUCCUCGGUGAAAAACAUUGCUAUUCAAAUUAACUGCAAACUUGGAGGAUCACCUUGGGGGCUAUAUAUUCCGUUGGCAGAGAGAAUAAUGUUCAUUGGUAUUGAUGUCAAUCAUGAUGUUCGAAAAGUUCUUCCAUCUGCGGUUGCAUUGAUUGCAUCAUUAAAUAAUUCGUGCACAAAGUUUUUCUCUAGGGUGCACGUUCAACGAAUUCACCAAGAGAUAACUGAUAACAUGCAACCACUGUUCUCUGAAGCUUUAGAAUGUUAUGCCGAGACCAAUGGAACAUAUCCUGAUCGGGUGAUUGUAUUCCGAGACGGUGGCUCGUUAUCAUACAUGCAUGUUCUUAUUGAGCACGAAGUCAAGCCAAUGCUUGCAUCAAUCAAGAUAUUGUGCCCAGACUUGAAAAAUUUCACAUACACUGUGGUAUCUAAGAGAGUUCCUCAGCGAUUUUUCGUCGAAAAAACGAGAGGUAUGUUUGGUAAUCCUAAUCCUGGAACAGUAGUCGACAAUUCAAUAACGUAUCCAAAUAUGUUCGAUUUCUACAUUGUGUCGCAACAAAAGAGUCAAGGAGCAGUGAAUCCUACCCACUACAUGGUUAUUUACGACAGAGGAGGAAUUAAGGCUGAUCUGCUCCAGCAAUUAGCCUACUCGACGACAUUUAUGUACUUUAACUGGUGUGGAGCAAUUCGUGUCCCUGCAAUGAUUCAAUAUGCUCACAAGCUAUCUGCACUUGUUGGACAACAUCUUCGAGGAAUCCCAUCAAGCCGCAUGGACAAACAGCUGUAUUAUCUGUAGCAAGAUUAUUCAUAUUAAAUAAUUAAUGAACUAAUUUUGAUUUAUUAGUCUUAAAUUUGUAUAAGAUUGUUUCUGACAUUUUGUAUAGAGAAUAAAAGAUUGCAUCUAUCAUUCCUCUAAUUAA